CAGCUCGAUGGAAGAAGAACAACAUCUCAGACGGGAGAUUCAGCCCCCACCGGCCAUGGAAGGAGAGAGAGAGCAGCCGAUCGAAGAAGGAGAAGCAGCAGCUCCGUCGGGAUCAACAAGCAGGUCAACUAAACACACAUCUAGGAUAGCUAUUCAGAAAUUAAUAGAGGUGGUAGCUGCAUUGUCAGAUUACAAAAGAUUCCUAGUUGAGGAGAUUGGAUUUGAGGGUGUACUACGUAUCCCCAUGAUCCAGAAAAUCAAUCUGAAGUUUAGCAAGUUCCUAAUGACCAAGGUGGUUGUGGAAAAGCAUUGCAUCAUACUGAGAGAUGGCGGAACGCCAAUUACAUUCUAUCCGGAGGAUUUCCACAAAGUGUUCGGUAUCCCAUGCGGGCAGCGAGACAUCAACGGCAAAGAUGCAGACAUCACACCUGAAGCAAUCGAGUUCAUUAGGAACUCUAUAGGUUGGACUGAGAAAUCUGAUCGCAGCCUAAGCUCGCUUGAAGCGUUCAUCGGCAAGGAAAUAAACGAACUAUCCAGCCGACUAGAGAAGGAUUCUUUCAAGAUGGCGUUUGUUGUCUUUGUGAUGGGAAAUCUGUUCGCGCCGUGCACCAAACACGACCACUCGACCAUCGACUACUGGGGCGCCAUCAAGGAUGCAGAAAACAUCUCCCUCUUCAAUUGGUGCAAAUAUUCAGUCAAUUUUUUACUGGAAGCAGUUCGCAAACUGAAGUUGGAAACGGAUGCACACAUAACACCCAACCACCUCUCUGGUUGUCACCUUUUUCUGCAGGCGUUCGUACUAGACAAUGUUGAACUGGGGAUAAUGAAAGCAGACCACAAUUCCACGGAUAAAUUUAUUCGACGGGGAGACCCUGAAACGGAUGAUCCUCAUGUGCUCAGCAAGAAAGCUAGGGAAAACCAUCUUCAUAGUCCCCGAGGCAAGACACUGGAAUGCCACGUGCUACACAUGGCACAACUACAUAAACGAGAAGCAUGCCAAGAAGAAAUCAAUGGAGCAAAAUGCUGACGGCUCAGCAAAUCAGUAUGCACUAGUCAGACACAACCCAGACAGCACUCGACGGGGAGACUAUAUCAACACGGACACAGCUGUAAGCAACCUUGCACAGACAAAAAGAAGCAACAUCGAGUUCAGCCCCGGGGAUUACGCUCGUUGGAUCCAGAUGCAAA